GGUCUUUUGUGAACGAUACAUCAUCCGAAUAGCCGGGAAAAUACAAUAACAAUUUAUUUAUUUCUAAAAAAAAUAUAAAUGAACUGUACAAUUAAUAUUUUUUUGUAAAGCCUGACAUAAUGAUCCUAUAAUUUGCAUUUAACUAUCAAACUAAGAGUAGAAGAAACAACGAAUAUUAAAAACACAAGGCGUUGCUGAGAAGCCAGAAAAAUGCUGUUUUUGCUCUUUUUUAUUUCGAUACUCUCCGGAUGGUCUGCUGCCCAAGAAGCAGAUCCAAAUGGAUACAUUGCAUAUUGUCCAUGCAUGGGUCGUUUUGGAAAUCAAGCUGAUCAUUUUCUUGGCGCCUUGGCUUUCUCAAAAGCCUUAAAUCGCACCCUUAUACUGCCGCCAUGGGUUGAAUAUCGUAAGGGAGAAAUGCGUUCAAUACAAGUACCAUUUGACAAUUAUUUCGAUGUGGAAGCUUUGAAGGACUAUCAUCGGGUCAUUCUAAUGGCUGAUUUUAUGGAAGAGUUGGCACCCAUAAUUUGGCCGGAGGACAACCGUAUAUCCUUCUGUUACAUGGAACGAAAAAGUUUCAGCAAAAAAGAAGACAUAGCCCCAGGCUGUCAUGCCAAAGAAGGGAAUCCUUUUGGUCCAUUUUGGGAUACAUAUAAUAUAGAUUUUACGGAAUCUGAAUUUUAUGGUCCUUUACAUUUCGAUGUACAUCACAGCAAUAUGCCGGAAAGAUGGAAUGAACGGUAUCCCGCCUCCAAAUGGCCAGUAUUAGCUUUUACUGGAGCUCCGGCCAGUUUUCCUGUGCAAAAGGAAAAUCGAGAUUUACAUCAAUAUCUUAAAUGGAAUAAAAAGAUACGCGAAGCGGCCACUAAAUUUAUUAAGAACACCCUUCCAAAGGGAGCUUUCUUGGGUAUUCAUCUGCGUAAUGGCAUCGAUUGGGUAAGGGCAUGUGAUCACAUACGCGAUACCCAGCAACUUUUUGCCUCACCCCAAUGUUUGGGCUAUAAUAAUGAGAAGGGUAAUCUCUACACUGAACUGUGUAUGCCACCCAAAGAACAGAUAAUACGUCAAAUUAAGAGGCUUAUUAAAAAUGUCAAACAAGAUCAUCCCAAGAAUGAAAUACGUUCUAUAUUUGUAGCUUCAGAUGCGAACCAUAUGAUCAGCGAAUUGAAUAAUGCCUUGCAACGCAUGGACAUAUCGGCCUAUCGAUUGCCCGAGGACAAUCCACAUUUAGAUUUAGCCAUAUUGGGUAUGGCAAAUCAUUUCAUUGGCAAUUGUAUUUCAUCAUACUCAGCUUUUGUCAAGCGGGAGCGUGAUGUGAAGGGAUUUCCCUCCUAUUUUUGGGCAUAUCCCAAGGAAAAGGAACGUCAACACAUGAAAGUCCAUGAAGAACUUUAAUACUCAAGUCAACCGCCCACCUCCGUAUAGUAUUAGUAAUCUCAACCUAAAGCUUAAGACCGAACAUUCCGAGACAACAAUGGUGUUUUGAUAAUGGUCACCACCCAAUUGAGGGGGUUUCCACAAUUUAUUAUCAUUUUAAAUAAAAUAUAUUACCGUCAUACAAAAUUUAAA